AUGAAGAAUCCAGCCAUUGUCGGAGUUCUCUGCACCGACCAACAAGGACAUAUUCUAGGCUGUAAGUCAAAUUAUCACAUUUGUUGUUGCUGUCUUUUAUUUAUCUGAUUAUUUAGCAGGCAAACGUUUGUCUGACGAGUCGUCAAAUCAAUCACAUUUAUUUGAUAAAGACCUGCAUCAGCAGUUGUCAUAGUGCUUACAUACAGAGAUACCCAGCCUAAAAUCCCCAAAGAACAAUCAAUGCAUACGCACAGUGGCUAGGAAAAACUCCCUAUUAAGGCAGGAACAUAGGAAGAAACCUAGAGGAACCAGGCUCUGAGGGGUGGCUAGUCCUCUUCUGGCUAUGCCGGGUGGCGAUUAUAGAGUACAUGGCUUUUAAGGCCAGAUCGUUCUUCAAGAUGUUGAAACGUUCAUAGAUGACCAGCAGGGUCAAAUAAUAAUCACAGUGGUUAUAGAGGGUGCAACAGAUCAGCACCUCAGGAGUAAAUGUCAGUCGGCUUCCAGGACAAGGUACUAGGUAGCACAUCCGGUAAACUGGUCAGGGUUCCAUAGCUGUCCAUCAUUCAUCAUUGGGGGAAAUGCUGCUAGCUAGCUACACUGUUUUGCAGCCUAUGUCUGGCAACUGCCUCUUCUAACGUUUGACACUUCAACAAAAGACUUAACUGAAUGUUUGAAAACUAUGAAAAUAUACCCUUGAAAUGGCAGUAGUUACAAAUAUUAGACAACGCAAUAAGUCAAAUAAUAGUAGCCUAGCUAGAGCCAAAUCCUGUUAUCUCUGGUAGGGCCUAGCUAAUGUACCGGGCCCACUUUUGAUACUAGUGAACGUAUCACAAGAUCAGCCUGCAUUUUGACCUUCCAUGUGACUUUGUCUCCCUUGUGUUUAUUUCAGGUCGUGGCUCUCUGUCUGACGAGCAUGGGGGAGUGGUGUCUGUACUGGUCAGACAGGCAGCCACUCUCACCAGAGACCCUACAGACAGCCCCACAGUGUGCCUGGAGGCAGACUCAGGGUGA